ACGAGCACGAGGUGGUUACCAGUCCUAGCAGUCAAUUAAUGCCGGCUGAACAGCUGAUUCGCAUUCGGCCUUUGUUCGCAUAGAGUUUAUCAUCAAGCAUUAAUUUAAUCCAGGCAAUUUCUAGCCCACUCCAUGCUAUAAAAGUGAGAUGUUUUUCUCGAACAACGACAUUUGUGACAGAGAUCUUCACUUGUAUUUUUACUAGAGCCGUGUCACGUUAAGUAGGUCACCGGUGAACUCUCAAGUCCACAGCACACUGUGCUGUUUUGAAAAAAAAGGGGGCGUUUCACUUCCUCGGUAGCAAAACAACUGAAUGAGCCGGGUAGACAACUCAAACAUCACAAUGGACAUGGGUCUCGCUGUUGAAUGUCUACAUUCGCUGGUUGUGAUGGAGUCGGUGCUAGACGAACAGAUCGAACGAUUAGAAAUGGAGUUGGAGUGGGAGAGGCGGAAGUUUGUGUACCUGCAGGCACUGAACUGUGAGUCGACUCACCUGAAGAAAAUUGUCAUGAAAAUACACAAGUCCCAGGAGAUGACUAAAGUCUUGAGACGUCUGCUGAACGACACAUUUGAUGAGAAACUAGUGCUAAUGGAGAUGGUGAAAAGUGAACAGUCUCAAAGGUCGGAGGUCAACCCAAUGAGUUCAUGGAACUUAAAUAAAAUGGACUCAUUUCAUCCUCCCACCACACCUAGAGAUAGGUUAGAUCACAGACAGACUGUGAACAAGCACAACAUUUCUUCAGUUAAAUCCUUAACAUCGAAUAAAAAGAAAAUUCUUCACCCGCACAAGGCAAAAAGACUUAGCUUGAAACAUAAAGACCGUUUUGUUGUUAAAUUAAAAUUUAGAAAAAAUGUUCGAGACAGAUUCUCCGGCUCACGUAAAUUACGCAAUAAAUUACACAAGCCGAGGAGACUGAAUUCCAAAAAACUGUCAACGUUGUGCCACAGCCUACUCCACGACAUCACCUUACACCACCAGCGCAACGGCAGGGGACGCAACCCCACUUUUAACCUCGACCCCCUGCUUAGCCUGGCCACUGAAAACUUUGACCGUUUUGAGUCCGCCUGCCUGGAUACACUGAUAGAGGGUGAGGACAUGGAGUUGACAGACUGUAUCCUAGAACUGGAUGACGUGGAUCACCUAUGGUGGCAGGACAUGGAGGCGGAUCAACCAUUACCUCCCUGCUCAAACUGUCAAAGUAGUUCUUUUCUGUUGAAGGAUUUUUUAUUGCAUGAAUCAAGAAAAUGCAUCUGUGAUUAGGAAAAAAAAUGUCUUUGAAUAUUUUGUGAUAACAAAGAACGAGUAAGCAUUAAAACAAUAAAGACAUCUGUGAUCACAGAAAUAUAAAAAUACAUUUGAACUGCUGGAUGACUAGCUAGCUUUCAAACACAGGCUUGCUUUUAUCGUCAUGGCUCAAAGCAGUGACUGGCGAUAUUUUGAAGCUAUUUUAUUUACUAUUGCUUGAUGCAAUGAUGAUUAUUAAGCAAUAGCUCAUGCAAUAAUGUUUUAAGUUAUAGCUCAAUGCAAUGAUGAUGUUUUAAGCUAUAGCUCAAUGCAGUAAUGAGGAUUUAAAAAAACACUUAAUCAAGUGGUGUGGUAAAAAUUGUUGAAUUCGAAUAAACUGUUGACUCAAGCAAAUGGGAAACCAUGUAACAAUUCAUCCAACUCUGCACAGAUAUUUUGUUGGUUUGUUUAGUAGGAGAUGGCAUUCCAAAUAUAUGAGCAUUAUCUUUUGUAUUAGAUGAACUAUUACAAACGUUACAAUAAUAUUUUAUGUUGAAGAUUAGUUUUGUUACAGAUCAUGAAUAUAAAAUUAACCUAUU